CCAGAGCGAAGCGCAACUUAACGCACCGGCAUCAAAGGAAACAGAAAGAGGAGAGAAGAGAACUUUAAUAGGUUGUUUUCUCCGCAGCCAGUUCAUCUGACCUCAGUCACUCAAAGCUUUAACAGAAUGAUGCUGCAGCAUUCGGGUCCCUCGCUGGCUGAUAUCAGCUGCUCCGCCCUGGUGCCCUGCCUCUCCCCGCCGGGCACCCUCACCCUGGACGACUUCACCAAUUUCACACCCAUCGUGAAAGAGGAGCUGCGGCUGGCCAUCCAGACCAAGCGCCUGUCCAAUGGGCUCAGUGCAGACAUGAGCUCUGACGGGGCCAGCUCCAGCUCGGACCGAGCCUCAGAGCACCACGCCGGCGGAUCUGGGGUCAAGAGAGAGUUCACACCUCAGGAACAUGAGAGGAGGAAGAGGAGGAGGGAGAGGAACAAAAUCGCUGCUGCAAAGUGCCGCAACAAAAAGAAGGAGAAGACCGAGUCUCUGCAGCAGGAAUCAGAGAAACUGGAGAGCGUCAACGCCGACCUGAAGGCUCAGAUCGAGGAGCUGAAGCAGCAGAAGCAGCAGCUCGUCUACAUGCUCAACCUGCACCGGCCGACCUGCAUCGUCCGCGCCCAGAACGGCCAAACACCCGAGGAUGAGAGAAACCUCUUCAUCCAACACAUCAAGGAGAGCACCUUACAACUCCACAACCUCACCUCCUCCUCCGCCUCCUCCUCCUCCACCACCUCCACUUCCUCAUCCACACAUAUCUCCACAAUAGCACCUCUAAACGGAGGACUUCUAACCCUCGACCACAUUCAGUGUCCCAGUCACCUGUGAGCAACCAGGUGUUCAUGCCACUUUUUUAAGACUUGCAAUGCUUCCAUCCUGCUGCCAUCGACAAAGCACUGACUGUUAAAGAGGCAGGUGGAGCCGCCACAUAGACUCAUGACCUGAGAAUGACUGUGACAUAUAAUGAACGCCAUUCGGAUGAAUCCUCCGUCUCAUGCACUGUCUACAAAGCUGCUAGAGAGAAAGAGAGAGAGUGGCAUAAAGUGACCUCAGCACCUCCCACUCCCUGAAACCAUAACUGCUGAUUGGACAGGAAGUGACACACAACAGACAGCACCUUGCCAUGCAUUCUGUAUUUUAUCUUUUAGACAUUACAGUCAGGGCCAAGGACAGAUGCCAAAGCACUAAAAUACAAAACGUCAUUUUUUAUUUACUGGUAUUUUAAAUAGAUGAAAGUCACACUUAGUGUCUGGUUUUUGUACCAAAGUGUGUAUUCAGGGUGAUAGAGGCACAUAGUUUAAGUGUUCGCCCACAAGGAAAGUAGAUGCCGAUCAACAGUGUGAGUGUGUUUGAGCUGCAAGCCACUGGCUUUGAAAAAGACAUUGUUUGUGCUUAGUGUAUGAGAAAUAGUAUAUUUAUUAAGUAACUUCUGUAUGAUUUGUUAUUGCUGUAUCAACCCUGUCUGCUUGUCGUUUAUACAACAUGAACUACAAAAUUUGCUGCUACUACUAACCACUCAGGACCUACGUUGGCUGUACAUUUUUUUUGUUUCAUUUAAGAGUUAAUCUUUAAAAAAAAAAGUCAGUUUGUUUGCUAUCAGGGUAGCAGUAGCAGUUACAAAAAGGGAAAUGUACUUUGCAGGCAGGGUUUAUAAUUCUGCACUUAAUUCCAAACCAUAGUAAAAAAAAAAAAAUAACAAUAUCAUCAUAUAUGCAGAUGAUACCUUACCUUUCCUAACAGUUUGAAUUUUGCUGGCAAGCAAACUUGUCCCAAAACAUUAUAAUACUGUAUAUAAUUUCACAUGUACACUUUAUCUAUCACUGCGUUCCCUCUUAACGUAAACAGAACUAGUGUUGCUUUUUACAUCUUCUGUGAUGAUGAAGCUACGCAUGUAUGAGUGUUUUUUUCUUUCCAGCCAUGUUUUCUACCUGAAAUCUUGCAAAUUGUAUCGACUGCGAAUUGUCUCUAUGCUACUGUAUGUAAACACCAAAUGCCUCCUUUGGUCUUGACAGUGUAAAGCAUAAAAAAGAUUAUUUUCUAAAAAUGUAUUUUUAUUAUUAAGAUUUGAUUUGGAAGUUGUGUUCACUAGAUAUCAUUAGCUAGGUAUCGGAAGUGUUGCAUCAGCUUUCGGCUGGCUCUUUAACACGCCUGACUCUGUAGUUAUGCAGGAUGAUGUGUUAUUAUACUUUGUGUUAUGAACUUAAUCAGCAUCCAGGCUUCAACUCACUGCCAAAUAUUUUUCUCUCUGUGGCCUGUUUGCUUUAGUGCAAUCAUCCCUCUAGAGAAAAUUGGUUUACUGUAACAGAUACAAAGGAAGUGUAAUGAUUUAGUAUUAGGAGGCAAUUUUCUUGUCAAUUACUUUUCAUAUCAUCUAUAUAAAGAGUCCAUCAAUAGCUGAAAAGUGACAACCUCUCCCUCAGUCAUUGCAAAUUCACCUUACAACUAACAAUGGAAACUUUGCUCAUCAGUAUUUUAAUAAUUGUCAGUCAGUCACAAAACUUCACCAAUCAGACUGAACAUCAUAUUAGCAUCAUUAGUGUCCAAGGUUACCUUAAAGGUUUUGUUGCUCUUGGGAAAUGUAUUCAGUUCAUAACAGAAGAGUAAUAAUGUAUGAACAGCACAUUAUUGUCACAGUAAGGACUGAAGUUUUAUAUUUUGUGUUUGCGUGGUAGAAGGUUUAUAUUGUUUGUGUUAACUUAAGAGUCACACGGUUAGAGGGACGCAGGCGUCUGUUCAUAGUGUGGAUAUUGUUUUCGUGGUUGUCCCGUCAUUAGUCAUGGCUAGAUAGCUAAUAAGCACUGAACUCGAUGUGUAUGUAUUCUAUUGUGCCUGCUUCUACUGAAGGCUGUUUUAGUUUGUCUGUAGCUGCUCGACAGUUGGAGCAUCAUAGCCUAAAUGAAUAAACUGUAGGCUGUCAGGUACAAAUGCACUGCUACUACCAAUGUGUACUUCCAUCUUUGUGGUCUGUCAACUUUUGUUUUUGAUACUUUGUUUAUUAAAGAUAUGUAAUGCAAACGUAA